AUGCAAUGUAGUCCUUGGGCUGUAAGCCACGUGAAGCACGGCGGCUUAAACCAAACGCGUCCAGCCGGGUGUCUUCAGGAGUUGAGGGAGCAGCGCGCGCGAGAGGAGAGAUGGGGAGAAGUCUGCGCGAGCUCUUAGCAUGCACGCGGCUCGGAUCCGUUCGCCGCUCGCGUUUGGUCUCUCCGGCCGCCUGACUUUCCCGCGGAGCAUGGGCUGCGCAGCCUCCAGGACGCCAGUAGUGGCAGGGGACCGCUUGCGUGUGGACUGGAGCCCGAGGAGUUCCUGCUCUGACCUGGCUCUUCUGGGCAACACACGGACCAGUUUGGCGCACGGCCUGGGCGCGACAUUUGGGCGCUCGGACCGUUUCCUCAAGGUAAAUGUUGAGGACGGCGGAGACAUGUUACCUAAAUCCAGACGAGCUCUCACCAUUCAAGAGAUCGCAGCGCUGGCCAGAUCUUCUCUUCACGGUUUCUCACAGGUGGUCAAAGAUCAUGUGACGAAGCCCACGGCGAUGGCGCAGGGCCGCGUGGCUCACCUGAUCGAGUGGAAGGGCUGGUGCAAGCCCACCGACACGCCGAGCGCCCUCGAGUCUCACCUCACCUCGUACUCGCAUCUGUCCGAAGGAGAGCAGGAGGCCAGAUUCGCUGCAGGAGUGGCGGAGCAGUUUGCCAUCGCAGAGGCAAAGCUUCGAGCCUGGUCUUCAGUAGACGGCGACGAGUCUAAUGACGACUCUUAUGAUGAAGACUUUCUACCUGCAAACGAGCCCGUUACACAGAGCACAGAUCUGUCCUCGUACCCUCAUUACCUGCGGGAUCUUCUGCACACUCAGGUGUGUCGGUCUCACCUGCGGGGGCGUGGCCUGUGCGAGGCGGAGAGCGGCGUGGGCGCUGACCUCUCGCCCCCCGUGGGGUCACCGGGGUCGCCGUCCGACACGCUCUGCUCCAGCAUGUGCAGUUUGGACGAGAGACACCCAUUGCUUCGGGAUCUCGGGCGUCACACGGACACGCCCGCCGCAGACCUCACCGCCAAGAUCCUCGGCGCUCUUCAGGAAGGGGAGGAGCUACUGUUAGCCCGCCUACACAGGGCGGGGCACAGGCGAGGCCACUCCCCCUGCUGCUUGGAAACGUUCUCCGAGACGUUCGAAGACGAGGACACACCUUGUAAGGACUGCGGGGCCGGAGUCUGCCUCCCGCCGGAAUAUUCCACGCGGAGGAAGGUGUCGGAUGUGGCUUCGUCUGGCGUUGUCUCGCUCGACGAGGAAGACGUAGACGAAGAAGAGGGAGAAGAGCAGUGAACGAUGCACGUUUAGUUCGGACUGCACCCUUUAGAUUUGCAUUCUAGCUCCACCCACUUAUUUUGAAUUCGGACUUCACCUGUUGGGUUUGCAUUUAGGAUCCACCCACUAAUUUGCAUUCGGACCCCAUCCUUUGUUUUGCAUUCGAGCUCCACCCACUUAUUUGCAUUUUGACUCCACCUGUUUAUUUGCUUUAAGGUUUCGCUCACUUAUUUUGCAUUCGGACUCCGCCUACAUUUGGGCUCAAACUACCUUAUUUGUAAUCAGACUCCACCCAGUUUUUUUGCAUCGGGGCUCCACCCACUUAUUUGCUGUCGGACACCACCCGUUGAUUUGCAUUCAGACUCCGCCCACUUAUUUGCAUUUCGGGGCGCCAGUUGCUCGUGUCUUUCAGAAAACACUGAAUCUUUCGUUCUCAGGCUCACGGGAAAAAAAAAAAAGCAUCUUGACGAACUUAAUGGAGGAACGCAAGACUGACGUCGACCUCAUUAUCAUGCAUGUGUUGCGCAAGUGCCGGACUGAGCGCGACGUCCAGGACGUCCAGUUGUUUCGCACGGUUUGUGGAUUUGGCUGUUGUGUAUUCCCGCUCCUCAUGUGACGCAGGCCCCAUUGCAUUCUGGGUCUUGAUCACAUGACGCCUGUUCCCCGGUCCCUGGUUGGCAUGGCUUGCUGAUUACGUCAAAAACUUACCGUCGUUUACGAAGCGACGCACGAAUGCCGAAUGUUUAUACCAUGAUAUAGAAUGCAUAAGAAUACAGACGAUCAAGUUAUGCUGAUUUUUCUAUUAUUAUUAUUAUUAUUAUUAUAAAUUUUGAUUAUAUUAUUAAAUGGAAUGUUAGUUUUUUCGCCCGUUUUAAAGCAUUUUCGUCCUCAGAUGGACACCAUGAAUGUUUCGGAGUUGAUCCAGUGUUGGUAAAUGUGGGUCGGUUUGAAGGACUUUGGGAGAGUUGCUCUAUUUUUGUACGUGUGGUUUUUGCGGUGAAUUUGGAGUAAGUGAGUAACGCUGUGGUUUGUUCACAAGAUGCUUGUUUAUUGCUUUCUUUCUCUCUUUCUGUCUCUGAAUUAUCACUGUGUGAUAUUGUCUACAUCAGGAAAAAAAAAUAAUACUAAUGUGAAAACGAAA